AUGGAAUGUAGAUAUUUAGGAGUUUGCCUUCAAUGUGCUAUAAAUACCAUAUCUAACACAAUCUUUAAGCUAAAGCAAUUGUUAAUGAAUUCUUUUGUGAUUAUUAUUUAGAAGUUUGUAAAGUCAAAUGUCUAUUUUAAAAGGAUGAGGAAAAUAGGAAGAUUAAGAAAAAGAAGAUGA